UUUAAAACGUUGCUUGUGCUCAGAAUUACUGUGGCAAUUCCAGUUUAUCAUUUGCAAGGAUGCUAAGCUAGAUGAGUGACAGCUCAGGGCUUUCUCUGUCAUGACAUGAACAUGCUAAGCACAUCCUGACCUGAUGUGUUUUUUGUUUGAUCAUGUGUUUGUUCUAAGCUCUGCCGUCACGCCCCCUUUCCCAGCCACACCAAAAGAAAAUGUCCACUUCAGCACCUUCUAUUCAACCAGGCAGGAGUGCAUGCAUUUGCACAUCCACAGUUCCAGAAUGGCGAGUAGAACAACAGCAGAGGAACGUGGCGCAGCGGCCUCUGUCCCGCCCUCCUCCCCUGUCACUCUCAUCACCCCUCCCUUGACCCCCAAAAUAUAUAGAUGUGUGUCAACAGUCACGUGGGUCUCGUCCCACGACUGGAUUUGUUCUUAUUGUUUUGAAGGGUUUUGCCUCCAUCGACAGAAAAGUGGUGGGGUUAACUUUUUGGAGUUCAUCCAAGGGCUUCCUUUUUGACGUUUCGCUCGUCCCUGGGCUUGUUCUCUUUCGUUCUUUCCCUGAGGAACGGCUGAUACUUAAGUGGGGCGGCUCAUCCAGAGGGCAUCAGGUGACCAUACUCAGCUGCUGUAGUGCCGCUCAUGAUGUACAGCUUCAUGGGUGGGGGCCUGUUCUGUGCCAUCGUGGGAAACAUUCUCCUGGUGGUGUCCACGGCGACAGACUAUUGGAUGCAGUAUCGUCUGUCUGGGAGUUUUGCUCACCAGGGUCUGUGGAGGUACUGCAUGUCUGGCAAGUGCUACAUGCAGACAGACAGCAUUGCCUACUGGAAUGCCACUCGAGCCUUCAUGAUCCUCUCUGCCAUGUCUUGCUUUGCUGGCAUCAUCGCAGGAAUCCUCUCUUUUGCUCAUUUCUCUGCUUUUGAAAGGUUCAACCGCUCCUUUGCUGCUGGAAUCAUGUUCUUUGUUUCAACACUUUUUGUCCUGCUUGCAAUGGCCAUUUACACCGGGGUGACGGUCAACUUCCUGGGCAAGCGCUUUGGGGACUGGCGCUUCUCUUGGUCAUACAUACUGGGCUGGGUGGCGCUGCUCAUGACCUUCUUUGCAGGUAUAUUCUACAUGUGUGCCUACAGAAUGCACGAGUGUAGAAGAGUGGCUGGCUCUCGCUGACACAAGCAUCAGAGUGAGCGUAGCAGUGUCAAUAUCGACCGGACAGCAUGAUUCUCCCGAUGACACGUGAUAAAACCUUGGAACAGCAGCACCAACACAUUUAUCUGAAAUACACAAACUACGGAAUCCAAGUGAAAUUAAUGAAUAAAAAUGUCAUAUUAUUCAUCGUGACUAGUCAUAUUUUCAGCAAAAAGUUUGGGGAUUUGCAAAACGAAAUGUGUAAUCUUCAGAUUGUAUUUAUUUAUUAUUCAUUAUCGUCAGAUGUUUUCCGUUGUGCGUAAUUUCAGGUCAUUUUAAAGCUAAAUUACAAUUGAAAUUCUAUACCCUUAAGUCAGUUUAACAAAGAAAAACAAACAAUCUCUGGAAACCUUCAGGUUAAACAACCCUCUGCAAACAACC